AUGGCGUUAACAGGGAGUUUGGAAAACUGUAAUUCUGCGGUGGCCCCAAAAGUAACUUGGGGAGAACCCGCAAGCUUCAAACUCGUCGCCUUCAGUGGUCAGGGACUUCUUUUCGGAAUGAUACGUCGUCAAGCGCGCGAGCGCAGAGACUACCUUUACCGGAGAGCCCUCCUCCUCCGCGAUGCCUCGAUCGCAGAGAAACGUGCCAAAUUAAAGGCUUCGCUAGCCUCCGGAAAACCGCUAGAUCCGUCCAUCGCAAAUGACAAGGCUUUAAGGCAAGACUUCAAGUACGAUGAAUCGCUACAAACUGGCCCGGACGCCUCCGGUGCAAACUCGAAAGAUGCCGACCAAGUAGAUAUCGACGAUGAGUAUGCAGUCACUUCGGGCCUCGUUGACCCUCGCCCACUCGUCACCACUUCGCGCUCUCCCUCUUCUCGCCUCAGCACCUUUGCCAAAGAAAUCCGUCUCCUUCUACCCACCUCUAUUCGGCUGAAUCGAGGUACCCUCGUUCUUCCAGACCUGGUAGCCAGUGCCAGCGCCGCUGCGUUAACGGAUAUGAUACUACUACAUGAACAUCGAGGUACGCCGACGGCGAUCACGAUAUCACACCUUCCACAUGGGCCGACCGCAAGUUUCUCCAUACACAACGUCGUCCUACGAGCAGAUAUCCCGAAUGCGGCUCGAGGCACCGUUUCGGAAAGCUAUCCGCACCUCAUCUUUGAGGGCUUCAAAUCAAAGCUCGGAAUGCGAGUGGUUCAAAUACUCAAGCAUCUAUUCCCCCCGCGAGAUGCUGGAAAGAUAGGGAACAGAGUUGUCACAUUCAAAAAUAUUGAAGAUAGCAUCGAGGUUCGCCACCAUGUGUUUGUAAAAACUGGAUACCGAGAUGUCGAGCUGGCGGAGGUUGGGCCGCGGAUGACAAUGAGGUUGUUCCAAAUCCGAGGAGGUACUCUAGAGAAAGGCGCCGGCGGGGAUGUGGAGUGGGCACUUACACAAUAUACCAGAACAAGCAGGAAAAAGGAUUACCUAUAG